CGCAGUGGCCGGCAGGAGGUGGAAUGUGGUGACGUUGUGGAACCUCGGACGGUUGAGCGGCGGUUCCUUUGUUGUCGGUGGCGGCGGCGGCGGCGGGAGCGGCGAAGAGGGAGUACGCGCCAUGAACGUGGACCGGAUCGAGCUGUGCGAAAGCCUGCUAACCUGGAUUCAGACAUUUGGUCUGCAGGUGCCAUGCAAGAAAAUAGACGAUUUGACAAGUGGCGUUGUGAUGGCACAGGUUCUACAGAAAAUAGACCAAUCAUGGUUUGAUGAUACCUGGAUAAAUCGUAUCAAGACAGAAGUGGGGGACAACUGGAGACUAAAGGUUAGCAAUUUGAAGAAAAUUUUAAAAGGGAUUCUGGAUUACUAUCAUGAGGUGCUGGGGCAACAAAUUACUGAUUUCCCUCUGCCAGAUGUUAAUUUGAUAGGAGAACACUCAGAUGCAGCAGAACUUGGCCGAAUGUUACAACUCAUUCUUGGCUGUGCUGUCAACUGUGAGCAGAAACAAGAACAAAUACAAACAAUCAUGAUGAUGGAAGAAUCUGUUCAGCACGUUGUCAUGGCAGCCAUUCAGGAGCUCAUGAGUAAAGAAACACCAGCAUCAAUUGGAAAUGAUGCUUAUCUGGAUCUUGAUCGCCAGUUGAAGAAAACCACUGAAGAACUCAAUGAAGCAUUGGCGGCUAAGGAGGAGAUUUCACAAAGAUGCCAUGAACUGGAUAUGCAAGCAUGCCUUUCUCGAGAUGUGAUUGCUAGACUGAGAUUAGAGUGCAUUGAACUAGAAGAAAGGGUUGCAGCUCUGCAAGAAGAAAAAGGUAGUUUAUUAGUAGAAAAUCAAGCCCUAAUGGAACGACUCAAUCAGUCUGAUUCCAUUGAAGAUCCCAACAGCCCAGCAGGACGUAGACAUCUCCAACUUCAAACCCAGUUGGAACAACUUCAGGAAGAGACUUUCAGACUAGAAGCAGCAAAAGAUGAUUAUCGGAUUCGAUGUGAGGAACUUGAGAAAGAACUUCUAGAACUACGACAGCAGAAUGAAGAGCUUACUAGCCUUGCAGAGGAAGCCCAAUCUUUAAAAGAUGAAAUGGAUGUCCUUAGGCAUUCUUCUGAUAAAGUGGGUAAACUGGAGGGCAUGGUAGAAUCAUAUAAAAAGAAGCUGGAGGACCUGGGUGAUUUGCGUCGGCAGGUGAAGCUCCUUGAAGAGAAGAAUACUAUGUACAUGCAGAAUACAGUUAGUCUGGAGGAGGAGCUACGGAAAGCAAAUGCUGCCCGAGCACAACUAGAAACAUACAAGAGACAGGUUGUAGAGCUUCAAAGCAGGUUGUCUGAGGAGUCAAAAAAGGCAGACAAAAUGGAGUUUGAGUAUAAAAGAUUGAAAGAGAAAGUGGAUACCCUACAGAAAGAAAAAGAUAGGUUAAGAACAGAAAGAGAUUCCUUAAAGGAGACAAUUGAAGAACUGCGUUGUGUUCAAGUGCAUCAAGGCCAACUCACUGCCGGACUUAUUCCAAUGAAUAGUCAAGAGGCAUCGGAUAGUUUAGCAGCAGAGAUAAUAACCCCUGAAAUCAAGGAAAAACUUAUCCGAUUGCAACAUGAAAAUAAAAUCUUGAAGUUGAACCAAGAGGGGUCAGAUAAUGAAAAGAUAGCUUUACUACAAAGUUUACUGGAGGAUGCCAAUAGAAGGGAGAGUGAACUGGAGACAGAGAACAGGCUAGCCAAUCAGAGGAUAUUGGAAAUACAGUCUCAGGUUGAAGAACUUCAGAAGGCAUUACAAGAUCAGGGCUCAAGGGCUGAAGAUUCAAUUCUUCUGAAAAAGAAAUUGGAAGAGCAUUUGGAGAAGCUACAUGAAGCUCACACAGAGCUUCAGAAGAAACGAGCAUACAUUGAUGACUUGGAACCAAAAUACAAUAACAGCUCUCAAAAGAUUGAAGAGCUUCAGGAAGCCCUACGAAAGAAAGAUGAAGAUAUGAAACAAAUGGAGGACAGAUAUAAGAAGUACCUAGAAAAAGCAAAGAGUGUUAUCAGAACUUUGGACCCUAAACAGAACCAAGGGGCAGCUCCAGAAGUUCAGUCUCUGAAAAAUCAGCUGCAGGAAAAGGAACGAAUGUUGCAUUCCUUAUCGAAAGAAUACGAGAAGACAAAGAUUCAGAGAGAUCAUGAAGAGAAACUAAUUGUUAGUGCAUGGUAUAAUAUGGGUAUGGCACUUCACAAGAAAGCAGCAGAAGAAAGACUUGCCAGCACUGGUUCAGGACAGUCCUUCUUAGCUAGACAGAGACAGGCCACAAGCACACGGCGACCAUACCCUGGACAUGUUCAGCCAGCUACAGCAAGGUAGAAGGUACAACCAAUGGCUUCAGCACAAAUCGUAUGGCAUAUAAUUUAACUGAACAUCUACUUGUAAACUUACUUCUGUUCACUUUGAGUUUUUAAUUUUUGCGCUAAUAUUUGUACUGAAUUUGUUUAUUUAACCCAUGUAUGAGAUUUUAUGCCAUAGUUGUAAUAUAAAAUGAUCAAUGGAAUAAAUUGGUUGUUCCACAUUCCCACAAUGAUAUAAUUUAUUCAGCAAUGGUGAUUGAGAAUACUUUUCUGUUUGGCUUCAUUUCCACAUUUUUAUCCUGACUUCCUGUUGGUAUAAAUUUUCAUCCUCUUUCCAUAUUGCAUUUUAAAAUAUUUACUAAAAAUGAAGAGACUGCUAACCUCAUUGUUCUGUAAGGAAAGAACUCAAAAGUGGUGUGGUCAAGACAGGGAAUAUAUGAUCUGUGAAAUAAUCAUACGUGGCCUCUACUUGUUGUUAGCUUGACUAGUCAAAUGGCCUUUUCUCAUACUUACAACUUUGUCAGAUUUAUGUUGUGGGAAGCCUAUUAUGCAGAAUUAAGAUGAAUAAUACAUUUUUUUAAAGAAUUAAAUGCAAUAACUAACUUCUAACUCGUCUAGUUAGCAGGUGGUCUGUUUCAGCUCUGGACUCCAUGUCUUCCCUAAAUGAAAGCUUUAGUCAUACUUGGUCUAGCUUUUUGAUGUUGUGUUAACAGCUCAGAAUGCUUACAAUUCAUCAGUAAAUUGACAUUCUCAUCAGUAUGAUUUAAGAAGAGCUGGGGUGGAAAAUAUUUGUGUUUCAACCAGUCUAAUAAUAUCCUUCCCGCAGCAAAAAGGAACAAUUGUUAAUUUUUAUUUGUUUGCAUUAUAUUGCUGACUAGUCGUUAAAUGCUCCACUUCUCAACAUUGAUGUCUUUUGCAGUGAUGUUGACUAAACAGAUUUAAAGUAUUAGUUAAAUUGUUCUUGUGUUUUUAAAUGAAUAAUGUUAAAGUAUAGAUGAUCAGUUAUUUGCUUCCUGGUACCUCAUGAUCCAUUUACUCAUUCUUAUGGGAAGGUUGUAGUUCUUGAUAUUUUUAAUUUAAAAUCAGUGAUUUUUAUUCCGUUUUUAAUUUUGAACCUAUGACAAGUGUCGUGGGCUGGGAAGGAUGGAAGGGCAAAAUUGCUCCAAAUAGCUGAUCCAUGCUCCUACUGAAGGAUUAACAUUUAUGAUGCAUCUAUUGGAAGAUCAUUGUAACAUUAAUCAGCCAUAGAUCAUUCAAUCACUGUAAGCUAAUUUGUUGAAAAUAAUUGAAACCUGGCUCAACUACCAUGAUAAGCUGUGAAAAUGACCACCUUGGAAUUAAAAUCUGAACUUGGAUUAUUGUGCUGUGCAGCAGCAUAUUGUCUUUCCUUUAGAUGUGAUAACAUUCUCAGACUGUCAGAAAUCAUGAGACCAUUGCAGCACUUUGGAAUAAACCAUUCAGAUCCUUAAGACUGUUCUGCUAUUUAGUCAGUUCAUCUCCAUUUAGUUGCCUUUGUUGUAUGACCUCUCUGACCCUUGGAUAGAAUCUUUCAAUCACUGUUCUGACACUUUCAACUGACUGACCCCAAACAAUGUUUUCGAGGAGUUUCCAGAUUUCCACUACCCUGAGUGCAAAGAAGUGCUUUUUGAGAUCACUCAUAACUGCCCAAUUCCAAAUUUGAAAGGUUACUUUGUCAAACAAUUUGUAGUUAAUUCCCGGAAAAGUCUAAACAGUUUAAAACAUGUUCUCUCUCAUUUUAAUCAGUCCUUGAAUAACAUUUUCUUUUGCAUUUUCUUCUUUCUUUUCUAUCAUGAGAAAAGAUCACUGGGCCCAUCAACUCUGCUCUCUAGAGCAGCAACAUACCCAUUACAGCACCCAUUGCAGCUCUGAUUGAAACAAGCUAACAUUUUUGGCUUUCCUACCAUGCCUUUUAAACAUGAUCACUCUUGAAGUGAACUUCUCACUGGUCCUAUUUAAUAUCAUCUUUCUCUCAUUUCUAUUCAUCUGCUUAUUUCUAUGAACAACUCUUUGGAGCAUGUUCACCUUGCACUUGAAAUAUCUCCACUUUGAUCCUGGGCAAAAGAAUUAUUUCAGAGAAGCUUGAAGGAACACAUUGCCUACUCCUUCUAUUUACUAUACAUUAUGUUCUCUUUAAGUGGUAAUGUGCAAUAACCUUUUGGUAUUACUUGCUAUUUUAAAUACUCUGUGACUUCUCUAUCUCCUCCAUCUGCACCUUUUCCACUCAUUUUGUUUUCAGAUCAUAAAACUGAAUUUCUUCUAAUUUUUGUUUGUGAUUGGAUUAUUUCUCUUGACCUUUCCAACAUAAGCACAUCUAUUUUUGUGUUAGGUUGCUGAUUCUUAAUAUAAUUUAAAUAUAAAGACAGAAGAUUUUGGAGGACCUCAGCAAGUCAAGGCGCAUCUGUAGGGAGAAAUAGAGUUGAUUUAUCAGUCAAUAAUUGUUCAUUUGAGCAAGACUUCAAAUUUUCAGUAUCACUGGUGAUUUGUACUUGCUUUACCAUGGUGUAAAUUGUUGUCUCACCAGUGUGUUGUAAACCUUCAUAACUUCCAGAAUAACCUUGUGUUAUUUAAAGUGUUUCAUCACAUUGCCUGUGGAUUGAAGUGACAUGCAUUAUUACUCUUCGAUACUUUUUCAAAACUUUUUGCAGUCAUUUAAUACUAAUACACUACAUUUUUACCAAGUUCAUUUGCAAAUUUUGAGCUUUGUUUCCAUCACUAUGCUCCUUAUUCGUGUCACCACCAAAUUUGUUAUGCUUACAUUUGGUAUUCAGAUCUUUCAUGUGCAUGGAUUUACAGGUGUUUGUAGUAUCACACCUCUUUCAAUACACCCGUUUCCUUUUUAGCCAGUUUCUUCCUAGUCCCUUGUUCUAUCCUGGAUUCUUAUGAUUUUGGAAAGCACAGGAUCAGCAAGGACUCCACUCCAUAUUAGGUCGUCUCAAAAAUGAUAUAUAAGUCUUUGUCAAAAUACUUCAACUAAUUUAUUUUGACUACUGGGUGGCAUGGUAGUGUAGCGGUUAGCGUAAUGCUAUUACAGUGCCAGUGAUUGUCUGUAAGGAGUUUGUAUGUUCUCCCUGUGACUGAGUGGGUUUCCUCCCACAUUCCAAAGACGUAUGGGUUAGUAGGCUGGGUGUAGUUGGGUGGCGUGGGCUUGCUGAGCCGGAAGGGGCCAUUACCGUGCUGUAUAAAUAAAGUUUUAAAACUUGUAGAAUCUUCAAAAUGGUUCAUCAGACAGUUUCUAAUGAACUUAUUGGCAUACAGUUUAUCUUCAAGUCCACUCUGGAGAAUCUUAAUCAUAUACUCAGUCUGAGAGAUUCAAAUAGCCUUUGAACGUUAAACAAAAACAUCUAUUAAUCAUGAUGCUUAUCGGGAUUCUGGUCUUAGCUCUUUAAAAAUGAAAAUGCAUAUAAUGGCUUCAUUUACAAAUAAUAUUCUACUGUGAUACUUUUAAACAAUCCAGGAUAUGCAGAAUUAGAACUUUCAAAAUGUAAAUGGGAGCUCACAUAAGUAAUUUUUAUGGCUCAUAAUAUCACAUUCAAUUGUAUUCAGAAUUAACUAUGUACACGAUAUAAAGCAAUCUGACUACAGCUUCACAUUGCCAUUAAUUUGUAGGAAAAGAAGCUAUGACAAUAAUACAAUGAUUUAGAGAUGUUCUAAGAUGAAACUUAAAUUUUUACACAACUAUAGUUUAAUUUCAUAAUAAGUGACAAAUUUAUACACAUGCAUUUUUUAAACAUACAUUAAUAAACUGUAGGUUUCUUGAAAAUAAUUUCAUCCUCAAAAAAACUGAGUCAAAGAAAUACUUUUGUAGUUUGUUUUAAGUGAGCAAGUGAGAAUUGGAACUCUGUUUUGAGGUAAAUGUGUAGGAAGAUUUACUGCUUUAUUUCUCCCAGCAAUUAAAGGAUGUUCAGAUAUUUUAAGCUUUGUGUUAAUCAUUUUGAUUUUACAAAUAUACUUUCUAAUUAUAAAUUACAAUAUUACUUAGUUUCUAUAAAUGGAGCUUCAACAUUUGCUUCAUGGUGGCUUUGUUAGCAGAAAAUAUUAACAUAAUUUGCAAUAAUAUUAAUAUUUACAUUAUGAAAAUGCCAUUUGUGCUCUUCAAUGGGUGCAUAAUUCAAACAAAUUUAUCUUCUAUUAGUUAUUGAUACUACUUACACAGAUAAAUAUGUCAAUAAUAAUCCUCUCAUUAUUUGAUCCUAAUUUUUAAGCUACUAGCCAUGACUAUUUAGCCAGCAUAUUAAUACCAAAGAAUAUGAUAACAAGCAUGAUGAGCUGGAUGGUGUGCAUUCACAAUAACUUAAUUAUUGUAAACAUUGUUAAUUAUUGUAAACAUUGUUAAUUAUUGAGAAGUUUUAUAGCAAUACCUUAUACCAGUAUACCAGUGCCUAGCGAAAUUGGUUAGUUAAACCUUCCAGUUGACAUGUUGCCAUUUUUUUAAAGAUUGUAUUUCUAAAUUAUUUAGUUUGCUUUAUUAAUGCAUUUUUGUUCUUCAUUUCCAGUGACGUGAUUGCAUGAUCUCCAGCAUGGCUUUCCUGCACUGACUAUUCAUUUGCAUGACUUUUGAGUUCGGAUGCAUAAUUUAUUAACUUGCUGCUGUUUGUUUUCUAACCUACCUAUACUAUGGAUGUAUUAGCCCCAGUCCUCCAUUUUGUAAAUUUGGACAUAUUACUAGAAGGAACUGGGAGGCAUUGUGGCUUAGCACACUGCCCUUCUUUGGAAUCUGCUGUCAGACUAACAAAGGUCGAUGCAUGGUGGUCUUUUGUCUCUGCCAUUAACUGAGUUAAGUUUGGAAGAGCUUUAUACAAGUUCAAGUGGGCACCAUGUCCAUUAUUUUGUACUGUAUUGGCAAUCUAAGCUGCUAUAAAGAUGAUUGGCAUAAAAAAAAUGAAUGUUUUAAAUUAAUCCAUUAGUAGGGUGCUGUUCGGUUGGGCAAACUAGAACAAUAUUUUCUCCAGCAGAUCUGGGAUUGCUUGAUGAAUGCACUAGUUGUUCAAAGCAGAACCAUGAUUUUACAAACUCAGAAUGAUAUUGCUCAUUAAAGCUCCAAAAAUAUGUUUUUCUAUAAUAGAUGUACCUCUGGUACCACUUUGUGCUAUUUGCAAAACUGUUAUUGAGUUGUCAAAUAUUGGGCUCUCCAUAAUGAGGCUUAUUUAGAUUUCUAACAAAUUUUCAGAACAUCAAGCACCUCAGUUUGUAUACAAAUAUCAUUAGUCCUAAUGCUUUAUUAUUUGCCUUUUGUUUCUCUUUUAGUACAUGUUCCUAUUUACUUUCCCAAUUAUUUUCUGCUUUGACUACUUGAUUCUGCAAGUGGAAAGAAAAGCCACAUAGUGCAAAAUUUAAGGCUUUGCACAAUAUAGUGUUAUUGUAUUUAUUUACCUUUUGUAUUUUGACUUGCAGUAUUUCAGGACAUAAACUUUACUUCAGGAAAACCUGUAUUUCUGUGUCCAAAAAUAUUUGUAUCAUUACAAGGUUCAUUAUGUAUGAGUUGUCACAAUGUUCUCUGCUUUGACCCCAUUGUCUAGCUGGCAAUCUACAAGCUGCUUAUAAAAUAUGUAUAUACAAUAAACCAACAAAACUGAAUUACAUCUUCAGGAAAUGUUCACAAAGUGAACUGUAAGAUACAUUGAGUCUUUCCAAAGUAUCUUUGAAUGCUUCAUAUGUUGCAAAGAAAUGUACAGUUACAUAUAUUGUAAAUAAAAAAUCUGUCCAGAGUUCAAGUGUUAA